AUGCAUUCUUCCAUCAUCUUCACCUUCGUCGCCGCCGUUGCAACUCUUGCCACGGCAAGCCCUUCCCUCGACUCCAAGCGCGACGAUACAAUCUGCGCUCCUGGGACUGGGUUCUUUCAGUCCUGCGCCAACGGCUUCCGUGGAUGUUGCAAGGAGGACGCCUGCACCACUGGCUACUGCCCUUCUGCCUCUGUGAAGCGUCAAGAUCCUACAGUCUGCGCACCUGGUACUGGUUUCUUCCAGUCUUGCUCAAAUGGUUUCCGCGGCUGCUGCAAGUCUGAUGCUUGCACUCUCGGCUACUGCCCCGACCUCGCCGUCGCCUCGGAGAAGCGCGCCGUCGACCCCACAGUCUGCGCCCCCGGCACCGGCUUCUUCCAGUCUUGUGCCAACGGUUUCCGCGGCUGCUGCAAGCAGGACGCCUGCACUAUUGGCUACUGCCCGGAUGUCAAGACCUUUGAGACCGUGACCAAGACCGCUCCUCAGACAACUGCCACCCCUACACCCGCGACCACAUCCAACACCAACGCUGAUCCGACCGUCUGCGCUCCUGGCACUGGUUUCUUCCAGUCGUGCUCCAACGGCUUCCGCGGGUGCUGCAAGUCUGAUGCUUGUACCAUCGGCUACUGCCCUUCCAACUAA